CGCAGAGAAAUUUGUUGAGGCACACACCCUUAAGCAGACGGGCAUGUCUGAAUCAAAGGAUGGUAUUGGAUCAAGGAAGUCAAGUGUUUGAAGCGAGACCGCCUCCACUAGAAGUCGCCCUACCUGUAGUCUUGUCCACUUUGGGAACCAUGUCGUACUGGUGGUUUGUUCUUGUGCCCAGUGAGCGUCGAGAUCUAGCGAAGAACAAGAACAAAGGUGGUCUAAACAACUAUCUUGAAGAUCUAGAAAGGUCGCCCAAAAACGCGAGAAGGCUGGAAAAGUGGUUUUACACUGAGUGGCUGGAAAGGAGGAGGAAAGUUCGAGGUCUCAAGAUCUCAGAAGAAGUCAAUCUUAGUAUUGCAGAAGAACUGCGUCGCGCUAGACCAACACCAAAUUUUAUAAGUUUGGACAAUCCAGUCAUCAUCGCCUUGAUCUUCUCUGUGCUGGGAGUUUUUCUCUUCAGCGGCAGAUGAAGCUGCCAAGUGAUUCUCUCAUGCACACACACCCUCACAUAGGUUUGAAGAUGUACGGUCAUUGUAAACAAUGCCAUC